GCCUUGUGACGUCAAGGAGGGCUGAAGCGCUUCCUCCUUGCUCCGUAGCGGCCAAAGGAGGGAAAAUGAGCACGAGAAGAUUGAAAUUAAAUGGCACUGAAGAUAGCAUGAAAAGACCCAGCAAGAGUUGCUGCUAUGUAAGCUGCGAAGACCUGCCAUAGUCGUGCUGAUCGACUGAUAUUGUUAUCACCAUGCAAGGAUCCGAUGGGUUCUUGACCCAACGGCGCCAGCGUCCGGUUGCGUGAGCGCCGUCCCGUCUUCCUGCAGAUCCCGCACGGCAUGGCCUCUCUGGACCUGCCGUACCGCUGUCCUCGCUGUGGGGAGCACAAGCGCUUCCGAAGCCUGUCAUCCCUGCGCGCCCAUCUGGAGUACAACCACACGUACGAGACCCUCUACGUUCUCUCCAAGUCCAACAGCGUUUGCGACGCUGCCGCCCUGCUGCCUCUCGUGACGGAGGGAGCCCUGGUGCCACCACCCAACAAUAACGAGCCCUUUGAGCCGCUUCAGUCGUCGGCUUUGAAAGAGCGGCGCUUCCCUUGCCGAGAGCUUCCGUGCGUGGACGACCUGAGUUUGACGCCGGCGAGCACCAACGCUUCCGCCAGGUACAUCCCCAAUGUGGAGUUUCCUCUGGGGGAGAUUUUGAUGAAGACGGCCAUGACAUCCACAGACCCCAGCCCCUAUGGGAACCCCAAUACAGCUGUGGCCGUAGCAGCUAACGUUGCCGCCAGUGCAGUGGAGGCGGCUUAUGAAGAAGGCCUGGCCAGGUUGAAGGCACGUGCAUUCGAACGUCUUGAGCUGGAUGAGAGGAUGGAGAAGCUUUCGGAAGAGGUGGAGCAGAAAAUAGCGGCCCGCGUAGGCCGUCUUCAGGCUGAGUUGGAGAGAAAAAGUUCCGAGCUGGAGCGGGCCAAGCACGAGAGCGAGCGGCUCAGCCAAGAGAAACAAGAGCUAGAGGACAAGGCUUUGGAGCUCUCCCGGCAGGUAGACGUUUCGGUGGAAAUGCUGGCCAACCUAAAACAGGACCUGGUGAAUAAGGAGGCAGAGCUCAGCCACAAGCAGCAGGAGGUGGCCCAGAUUGACCAGUUUCUGCAGGAGACUGCGGCACGUGAAGCCAACGCCAAAGUUCGCCUGCAGCAGUUCAUCGAGGAGCUAUUGGACCGUGCCGACCGCGCCGAGAAACAGCUACAAAUCAUCAGCAGCUGCGGCACCACGCCCAACGGAAGCCUGGGACGCUGCAGUCUUCAGGGCAAGGGCAACGGACGCCAGAGAAACUCCAGCAUCUCUGGAAGCACAAGAGGUAUCUACCAAGCAUCUGAACGACGUUCCUCCCCCAGCACAGGUGCAUCGGGUCGGAUCAAGUCGGUGUCACAGGGAUCCGGCGGAUACGAUAGCGACAGUGUGGAGAUGCACCCGUUGGAAGAUUGCUCCGAGGCUCAGUACUACCACAUGCAGUGCCGCCUGAAUGAGGCGGCUUACGAGCGCUCCCCGGGAUGUAGCAGAGGGGGGAGGAACUGGGGUCUGCGCAAACAGGCCAUCCAGAACUGGCAACGGCGGCCUUACAGGAACAGCACCGAGGGUGAGGAGGGAGACGUGUCCGACGUGGGCUCUCGGACCACAGAGUCUGAAGUGGACAUGUGGGAGCAGGAGAGAAGGGCAGUGGCGGAAGUGCAGCAGUCUAGCACCCCCUAUCCUUACCAUGGACGAUCUGGCUAUCGAUCAAAUUCAGGUCGAUGUGAAGGCAUCUACAGCAAACCCUGUCGUCACGAGAAAAGCCCAUCCAAAUCCAAUGAGGUGAUCAGUCCGGAGAUCCUGAAGAUGCGCGCCGGUUUGUUUUGCAUCUUCACCUACUUGGAUACAAAAACGCUGCUUAGAGCUGCGGAAGUCUGCCGAGACUGGAGGUUUGUGGCCCGCCACCCAGCCGUAUGGACCAGAGUCCUGCUGGAGAAUGCGCGCAUAUCCUCCAAGUUGCUGGGAACAUUGUCUCAGUGGUGCACACAGACGCACUCGCUCAUCCUGCAGAACCUCAAACCGCGACAGCGCGGAAAGAAGGAAACCAAAGAGGAGUAUCUCAAAAGCACACGUGGGUGUCUGGAGGAGGGUCUGGAGGCGCUGCUAAAGGCCACGGGAAGUAACCUGCUAAUUCUCAAGAUCUCGCAUUGUCCGAACUUGCUGACCGACCGCUCCCUUUGGCUGGCCAGCUGCUACUGCCGAGCGCUGCAAGCCGUCACUUACAGGAGUGCCACAGACCCAGUUGGCCAGGAAGUAAUUUGGGCCCUUGGAGCCGGCUGUAGAGAUAUUAUCUCCCUGCAGGUGGCACCACUACACCCAUGUCAGCAACCAGCUCGCUUUAGCAACAGAUGCCUGCAGACUAUUGGGAGAUGCUGGCCACAUCUGCGUGCGCUCGGCGUGGGGGGAGCAGGAUGUGGCAUUCAGGGGCUGGCCUCAUUGGCAAGGAAUUGCAUGCGCCUCCAAGUGCUGGAGUUGGACCACGUGAGUGAAAUCAACCAGGAGGUGGCAGCAGAGGUCUGCAGGGAGGGUCUGAAGGGCCUGGAGAUGCUGGUGCUCACUUCCACACCAGUCACCCCCAAAGCUCUGCUCCAUUUCAACAGUGUGUGCCGCAACCUGAAGUCCAUUGUUGUGCAGAUUGGCAUUGAAGACUACUUUGAGGACCCCAAUAGCCCUGAAGCCAGGAAACUGUUUGAUGAAAUGGUUAACAAGCUCCAGGCAUUAAAGAAGAGACCUGGCUUCUCUAAAAUUCUCCACGUGAAAGCAGACAGUCUGUGCUAACAUCAUUUCCUGCUGAUUGUGUCUAGAGAAGGCAAAAAGACACGGCCCCGUGCGAGUGCAUGUGUCCUGGCUGCAACUGAAGUAACACUGAGCACAUUCAUGCUUAAGGAGACACAUGCUGCUUUUUGGAGGUAAUCAUCUGCUACCCUGCACUCUUGGUAGGGACAUGAUGUGGUUUCACAGCGGUUCUUCGUGUCUCUUAAAAAGACAAAAAUGCCAGAUUCCUUGCUUUUUGAAUCACGUUGCCUCUCGGAGUGGGAUCCCGUUGCUAAAACACUUUGCGCCAGAAAGCUGCACCGCUUGAUGUGGACCCGAGUGUCACAAUAAACUCCCAACUGAAGCAAGAUUUUUUCAGAUUUAACCGAAACUUCUAGCUUCAACUUCCUGCACAAGAGGCGUGCUGCAUCUACUUCCUGGCCUGGCACUGGUAUAUUUCCUAAAUGUGGAAAAAGACAAACAGAGACAACAGCAUGUAGGAUCCAUUUUAAUCUCCAAAGCGGUGCCAUUCGUGUCUGUCCUCAUUGCGGUGAGAUUUUUUUUUUAAUCCGACGUGCCAUUGAUGUGGGAAUAGUUCAUGUCCUAAUCACGACAUGCAGUGUUUUAUCAGCUCAGACUGCAGGUGUCGACAUUUUACAGUGUCAAAUCAUCCUUGUGGUGCUUGUUUUGCUGGAUUUCUCAUCUAAAUAUACAGUUUGAUGGCAGGACAACAAGAAUUCAGAGGGUCUUCGGUUUAUGUACAAAGUUUCAAGGAUAGAAAUGACACAAAAUGAAUAAUUUUGUGUUGCAGCGUAAGAAUGUUGCCCAGGUAAAAGCACUCAGUUAACACCUUGCCGAUGGUUUUGUAUUUAUCUUCUGUCAGGUAAGGAGUUUUCAUGCAAAUAUUUACAUUAACUACAACUGACUAUUGUGUUACCAUUGGAAUGUGAACGACUACGACACAAGCUGACGAACUGGAGUCAGGGAACUCAGUCGUAAAUCGAGGACCCUCGUAUGUAACUCCCAAAGAAAGUGUGCGAAUGCUGAGAGAUGCCAAAGAAUUGGGACUACCAGCAUAUCCGAGCAAUUAGUGAUGGGCUUUUAAUUAAAGUGCCUGUGACAUGAUUUUAAAAAAGUCUUAAAUAGCAUUAUUAUGUGAAUUAAAAUAAUAUUUUGAGACUGUUCGACUAUAUACAACAAUUUGGCAAAGCGCAGAUGAAGAGAAAUUUGUCUUUUUUUCUGCCAUUUAGCCCCGCCUGUCAUUAUAGCGCUCUAGCGUCCCCAGCUGGGUGAUGACGUCGGCAGAGUAACGAUUUCAGCUGAUUUAGAUUUCAGCCCAUUAACGGGGAAGAUUCAGAACGAGGAAAAUACGACAGAGAGCAGCAAAAUGUCAUCAUUGUUUUAAUCGCUCCAAUAUUUUUACAGGAUAUUCUUUUUAUCUAAGUAUUUUCCCCAAUUGCUAAAUACAUGGUAUGGUCAUGACAAAUAACAGUAUUGUGCUGAAUGAAAUAUGAAAUAUUAAAAAUGCAUUUAUUCAGUAUGACAGGGCAAAAUUACUGCAUAAUGGUCAAACGUCCGACUUCUUAAACCUCCCGAACAGUAUUUUAUGCAACCGGAGUUAGUCCGGCUUUUGUCAUUUCCCUGCCCAGUCUUCGGAGACGGAGGAAAGAGCGUAAACAAAACAGGAGGCUUGACAGCUAGGCGAAGUGCUAACCCAAACCGAGCGGCUUAUCCAAGUCUUUUUCUCGCCUUUCGAAAACGAAAAAUCACACAAAACUACCCCGACUCGUGUCACACACGGCAGCGGGUUUGAUUGUCUUCACCGAUCGGCCAGCCCCCGGCAGCAAGCAAGUUUCGGCUCGUCAUUCUGCUGCGGCCCCGGCAGGCAGGCAGUGCUCCUCGCCGUUGUUCUGGCAAAUUUUGCAAGUUACAUCAUAAACAUACAUGCAACACGAAAAUGGACGCAAUUGAGAACGAGAUGAGAGUGGGGGCUCACCGAGCCCAAGCCUAAAAUAGCGCAUUCUCGGGGGGCAUGCGAAGAGGACCGAGGGGGUUGGAAGUCUACACAAUUGAGAACUGGAGACUAGAGCGGGGGGGCUGCUCGGGGCCAAGCCAAGGAAAGCGCGCUGUGGGCGGGCACGCGAACUGGACCAAGGGGGGUGGAAGUCUACACAAUCGAGAACCGGAGUCUAGAGCGGGGGGUUGCUCAGGGCCAAGCCAAGGAAAGCGCUCUGUAGGCAGCCACGCCUUUGUCGGCCGGCGACCAUGAUGUGUGACAAGUCGCCGGUCCUUGGCCUUCUGGCCUUUUCGGUAGUCAGAGAGUAUUGGUCCCCACAAAAUGCUCUUUAUUAAAAUGUUUGCCAUGAUCCCAGUAUUUGACAUCGUAUAAAACACAAAGCUUACUCACUUCUUUGUCCGUCCAAUGGUUCCUCGGUUGUCAGGCUUGUUUUGCUCAUCGCGGUGAACAAGGAUCUUUUGAAAAUCCAAAAAGCCUCACACCACUCUCCCUGGUGUACCAACAAAAGCCUGCAGCACAUUGGGCAGGCGUGAUGUAAAAAAUAAACAAAUUAAUCUGCAAAAUCAGCUGACUCCGCAGUCCUUCUGCAUGCUAUAGUAAUGGCUGUAUUGUGAGAUGGUUCCUCGGCUGACGUCACAUUCGCCUCCUUCCUUAACCCGAGACUCGAGCCGGAAGUCACUCAUUUUCAUGGCGCGGGAUUCAAAAAAUUGAAUAAAUAUAUCGAUGGCUUUCACACACAUCCAAGCGGUCCAUUUCAUUCAGGAGCAUAAAAUACUGCAGGUAAGAUGAAAUAAAUAUGCUUUUUUGUGUCACAGGCAUUUUAACAUUCCUUGAUCAUUUAAAAAAAAAAAUCGAUGAAAAGAGGGUUUGUAAAGCAGAGUAAAGGAGAUGCAAGGUGAAAUUAAUAGCCUUACUGGGCAAGUCAACUCUUUAAUAUUUAAAUAACUAAGAAUUCUAAAAAUCUGAACUCCUUAGCUGCCAUUGACGCCGAUAGACGUCCAAUCCAUUUGAAAAGGGGAAGGAUGACAGCGAGUGUACAUUCAUUCAUUUGCUGCCAACACUCAAAGUUAAAAUGGAUUGGACAUAUACUAGUGACAAACUAAAAGAGUUUUAAUUUAGUUCUUUAAGAGCCAAAUGAUUGGAUGUCUUUUAUCGUCAAUGGCACUGAAAGAUCUAAUUAACGUACUUUAGUGUCAUAAUUACUUGAUAAUGGCAUAAUUACAUAAUGAGGAGCGAUUGUUAACUAGGCUUGUUUUCAGCACACCUUAUAUGUUUUGCAUACUUGCAUGUCUCGAUUACUUCAGAAAACCUUUAAUCAACAUUCCAUUCCACAUUAACAAGCAAAUAAUUGAUUCGUGACCAACCAUAAGGACUAAUGUACUACAUCACCUAUGGCACCUAGUGGUCAAGAGAAGUAAUGAUGCCACAUAUCUGCGAGUAAAUUGUUCGGUUGUUUUUUUAAGCCAAGUGAUUUUGCAAUGAUGGAUUGAUAAACUUAUUUGACAAUUUACAUUAAAAAAAUAUAUAAACCAUAAGUCACUGGGGAAAUACAUAAAUAAAUGAAAAUGAUGAACAUUUUUUAAUAUUAUAAAUAAUAUUAUGUACUGUAUUAUAUAUAUAAUCUUAAAAGAUUAUAUAUAUGCUGUAUACACUGCACAUGUACAGUAUAUAUAAAUGUAAGCACAUACACGUGAAUGUUUGUCUCUCAGCAAUUCACACAAAUAGCACUUUUUUUUUUUUUUUUUUUUACCUUUAUUGUUUUUGACGGCAAUAGACGUCUAAACUAAUUAAACUGGGAUGGACUGGCACUGAAUGAUCACUCGCAGCCAAUCAGUAAAGCCAGUUUUCUGCUGCAUGGUACUCGCUCGGCUCAGCUCUACCCUUUUCCCUUUGAAGCUUGCUUAUUUCUCUCUGGGUUUUGGGAAAUUUGAACACAUCAACAUUGAACACAUCAAUUGGCUUAUGGAAACAACAACGGAGGAUCUUAGCAUUUCAAAAUACAUUUUCUCCAAGAAGAGAAUAAUGGCAAUGAGAAAAUAAUCCAAAUGUGUGAGAGCAUUUCAAUAGUGUCUAUUGUAGUCUAUCCUAAAUGUAGCGACUGAUAAGGACAGUAAACCAACACUAUUGAUGUAAUGCUACAUUUCAGUAAUUUUAAUGGCUGUUAUUUGAUUUAUAUGGCAAUUACAUCUCCUGGAGGCUUGUUUUCAUAAAAUGUGUAAUUUCUCAGGAAUUGUUUUUUUUUUUGCCAAGAAGAAUAUUGUUAAUAAUACCAGUAUUUAUUAUGUACAGUGUAUACAGUAAUAAUUACAUGGCACAGCUGACAACGUUUAGCACUUUUGCUUCACAGUUAUAAGGUUGGGCGUUCGUACCUGUGCUCUGACAUUCCUGUGCGGAUUCAGCAUGUUCUCCCCGUGGGUGCUGGCUUUCGUCCCAAAUUCCAAAAAUACACUUUUACAUUAAAUGAAGACUAGUAAUUGGGUGUGGAUGUGAUAGAUGUUUGCCUACAGCAGUGUUUUACGACCGGUAUGCCGCGGCACACUAGUGUGCCGUGAGAGAUCGUCAGGUGUGUCGUGAGAAAUUAUCCAAUAUGGCUUUUUUUUUUUUUUUUUUUUUUU